ACAAGAGAUCAUGCCACUAGACUAUGCUCCCAUGAAUAUAUAUUUCAUCAGACUGGUAUGAUGAAGAACUUUAAGUUCAUCACCUCACCUCAGUGACAAUUAAAUUUAUAUUUAUGGGAGUAUACUCUAGUGUGCAGACUCUUGUUUUUCCAUUCAAAGCAGACCAUUGUCACAAGAAUGCAGGGGGCAUAAAACCUAUUCAAAUUCAUCACUCUCUGAUCUGCUUAAUUAUGAGAGGAGUUCUACAUUAAACGUAAAAUGGAAGCAUAUGCAUGGUGUCCAAAAUAACCUGUCUCCAACUGCAAACAUAGUGUAUGUCACUGUGUGAAAAUCCAUUUUAAAUUAAACCUUAUCCAAAGACCAGCUAUCGUUCUCUAAACAAUUAUCCUUGUCUUUUUAAGUGAUAAAAAUCUAGUCUUUUGUUUUCAGGGUGGUGCUUGGCUCCUCUUCUGAACUAGUCUGCCAAGGGACAGACUGUCUGCAGAGCUUUCAUUUCCAUUUGUGCACAAAAUACCAGAGCUCUUCUCAAACAUGAACGAUCCUUAUUAUCAGCCAUCAUUUAGUUUUUGAGGGGAGCCAGACGUACAAACAAUUGUUUGCACCCAAGCCCAUCUGGACCUCUCCGUCAUUUUUGAGAUUAUAUGAGGAUAACUUAAUUUUCUUUUAAAGAUCUGUUGUCCAAGUUCUCUUUGCCUUUGCAGUAUUAGGUGCAAACAGACAACAGAAGAACCAGGAGUUCAUGUCUCUAAGAUAACCUGCAAAUGCAAACACAGCUGACCUUGGUUUAAUAAUUCGUCCUUUUUGUUUGGUUAAAAUUUGACAUCCCUCUGCUGAUUUUUGAACUUAAAUUAAUAAAUACAAAAUCAUGUCAGCCCCUUGUACAGAGGAUAUUCAAACAAAAUGGUCUGCAAGGUUAAUGAUUUAUCGGAUGUUCAUUUUGUUCCACACCAGUCAGAUAUUGUUAUGACCUCAGAGGAAUUACAGGUUGUGUAAAUCAAAUAAAGAUAAGAGUUUGACUCCACAUAGCACUCAAAGCGUUCCUAAAAGUAUCGGCUGAUGUAAUUACGUAACUGCCCAGAUCGACCCACCUGUGCUCAUCAUAUAAAUUCACCACUAUCUGCUCUCAUGGCUUUGCACUGCACACUGCUUCCUAUACUGUCAGCCACCACAGCACAGGAACAGCUAACCACAUCCAACUGGAACCAUGCAGUCUGCCGAAGCCAAAUUCAACAAAAACAGCCUGCUCUUGGCUCUGAGGCGAUACAGCUCAGCUGUUAGCGACAUGGAGCAGACCAUUCUCCUGCCGAGCCUGCUGCGAGAUGUACCCUCUGAUGAGGCGUGGGACUGUGAAGCAGCAGAGGAGUCCUGCAGAGACCUGUAUGGCACCUAUCAGCUGCUCAAAGCCAUAAGAAACACCGUGGAGAGCAACCUGGGUCUCCUGGAUGACCACAAGUCCAAGAACACAGUGCUCAACAAGACCCUGGAGCCUCUCUUGGACACAGAUCCUGAAGGUCUCUUCCGCUUCCACCUCACAGGACUGUUUUCUGUGAUGAUUGACCUCACCAAGAAGACUCAGAGCCUCACAGAGAAAUAUAUGGACAUCAUUGGAGUGGCAAAUUAGAAACAUGUAAGAUACAUGGACAUAAAGCAAAAUACCUGGUGUUUGUAAAAGUGCUGUGGCAAAGUCAUCUGAACAUCCCAAAUGUCCGCACUGUUUACACUCAGUGACUUCUAACUUAAUGAAAAUGGAAUAAACAUGCGUUGUCAAUACUGAUCAAUUUGAUCUCUUCAUUUGCUGACUGUUAUAGUCUCUUGGAAACUGUGGUUUAAGAGUAUGGCAAAUGUUGACUGAUUAAAUGAUCAUGAAAAAA